UCCUGUGAUGAUACAUAGUAGGCAAACAUUUUCCAUUGAGUGGAUCCUGGGAUCAGAGAAAGAAAAAACAGAAUUCAAAGUCCACCGGCCCUGGACAGUGAACAGAGAGGUUGGGGCAGAGAAUGAGAACAGAGUAAACCAUCAUUGUUUCAAACAUCAUCAUCAUCAUCAUCAUCAUCAUCCUUGUCCUCAGCAGCUCAGCUCACCACAACCCACGUCGAACUGGUAUGUUGGACGACGGCCUCGCACCGCUUUCACCAACAGCCAGGUGAGUGUCCUGGAGACUGUGUUUCAGAUGACCUGUUAUCCAGGUAUUCAGCUCAGGGAGCAGCUGGCAGGAAGACUUGACUUGGAGGAAGACCGAAUUCAGAUCUGGUUUCAGAACCGGCGGGCAAAGCUGAGACGUUCACUUAGAGAAACUCAGCUGCAGAUGGUUCAGAAUGCUGUGUCUGAUGUUGGGGUCAAUAAUGAGGUCAUACGAAACCUGGGGAAGGAUAUGCCAGGAGAUCUGAGACAUUUGCAGCUACAUGUGGAUGAAGAGGAGGUGAAGGAAUGCUGAUGAAGAACACCUGUCCUGGUGUGGAUUUUCAGUUUAUUUGUACACAUUAGAAUGUGUGCUUGUGCAUCUUUCCUUUCAAAUGCAAUGUUAUCCUGUCAAAGUGAUCACUGAAAAACAUCCACUGAUAAUAUUUACC